AUGAAGCAUUACAACAACAGAAGCAACGAUAAAAAUACUUACGAUACGAUGACUAAACCGAGCCAAACGCGUUCCGAAGUUGGAAGUAGCAACUUCAGCUUCCAGAUUCAAAUUCCACGACAUCUUCUGAGCGAUGAACUCCUACUCAACCGCAACAACAACCAACUUUCAAAAUCCUCCAAGCCAACUUCGCCAUUGUCGGUCCUCGACAACGUCCAGAUAGGCAGUCAAAAUUCAUUGAAGUCUCUUGCAUGCAGUGAAGCCGCUAUUAAAAAUCCACCAGAGAGUCGUUCGUCGCCAAAAAUUUUAACAACUCGCGAUGCGAAGUCAUCAAUUUGUUCGCAUAGCUCAGAGAAGCAAAGAUUGAAUUCUAUUUUAGUUGCCGAGAACAAAACUCCGGGAAAUAAGAGUAGGAACUCGUUGAGAUGGCAAGAAGAAUUGCUGGUGAAGGAGAGUAAGACCGUAGAGGAAGUCAUCAUACCCGACGAUUAUGAAACCAAGCUGCAAGACCUGAGAGAUAAUUUCAACGGCGAUGACAACAAUUUCGAAACUUUUGAGAAUCAGUUGAAUAAAAAUAUCGCAAGUAGGAACACGACGAACAAUUCAAAUUUGUUCAUCGGCAAGACAUGCGACCGAGAUUCCUGCGAGAACAAAAACGACAAACCGCCAUCCUCACGAAACAGAAGAAACGAUUCAGCGCGCAACUUUAACUCGCGAGGACCCAGCAGUUCGAAGGUGAGUUCGGAUAAAAAUUUCAGCCGGCUCUCUCAACAUUCAAACAGUCAGCACUCGAACAACUACCCGUGCAACGAGAACCUCAACACGAACUCGCUCAGUCACUUCAGUCGCUUGAACAGCUGCGGCAACAGUCCGCAGAGAUCCAAGUUGUCAUCGAACGUUCCGAUCUCCCAGCUGAACAGCCUCUACUCGCACCUGCCUGGCCACAAAACCGUCCACAAGAAGGGCUCGGACGAGAUGUUCAAAUUCCAAAACUUGAAAAAAUUCAACGAGAGAGCGGAGAAGACGUACUCGCUUCAAAACAACGACUCUCCCGGCGACCGAAACUCAAAUUUCAACAGAACUGACGAGAACAACAACGACGACAAUGAUGAAGAGAAUGAUGACGAUGACGACGGCAGUGGCGAUCGAAACAACGGAAAUAUUUCAUUAAAUGGAGAUGAGUUUCUCACAGAAUUGAACCUAACGAAAAGUCAGCUGAUCGACAUUCAGUACAAUCUCUUGAAGAACCUGCUAAACAGAGAGCGAGGUAAGAAGGACGUUAAUGUGAAGGCGUACAUCAAGAAUGCAGUCAAAAGUAUGCAAGAGAACGAGAACCAGGCCAGCAUGCUGAACAGCAGCAAAUUCAUGAGCUCCGAGCCGGUUCUAACAAUGGAAUCCAACUCAACCUUCACGUCAAAACAACGCCACAUAGAGCAAAACAUCUACCAAAUGCAUUCAAAAAACCAGAACAACAAACUGGAGGCAGAACAUUACAGCAAGUCAGAAGCGAAACAAAAGAUGCUUUCAAAUAAUUCCACCACCAACACAUGCAACAACUCAAGACACAUCGAGAAGAGACGAGUCAGAGAAUGUUAUUUUAUUUAUGAACAUCCGACAACGAUGCUUCAUGACCUUCAAUUGAAUAUUCCGAAAAUAAUUUAUAAAAGGAAUGAUUUAAACGAGAAAAUAACAAAAAAUAAAUCAGCGGGAGGUAGUUGUAGAAUACCUGUGCUAAAAAAUGAUAAAGAAAAUAUAUACGGAUUGAACGUUUCAAAUAAAAGUGACAAAAAAUUCAACAAAACGUCCCACAGAAAACAACAUCUAGAUAGGCAUACUUUAGAUUCGAAUGAGUUCAUCUCAAAAGAAUUAUUCCCUUCAAGUACUAACCAACGGCCAGGUGAUCUCAACGAAUGUCAAAUAUUUAAAUCAAAUGAUUUUUCAAAGUAUUCAAGAGGCAGCAAAAGAUAUGCUUCAUAUGAUGAACAGAAAGAACAAUUUCAGCAUUCAAACCAGCAACAACAUGAAGAAAGACAUUUCAUACAACAACAUCUGCCGACAAACAAAUGUUAUCGCAUUCCCCCGAACCCGUCAAAACAGAACUCCACCACAACGGCACCAUCUACAGCAUCCAACUUUAAAGCAGAACCAUCGGCGCAAAAUUUCGGGGCAUCGGUAAAAUGCAACUCAAGAAAAUCAACCAUAAUAAAAAAUUCCAACGAUAAUAGCGCGAGAAAUUCAAUGGUAACCUGCAAAUUAUCAGAGCCGACAAAACAACGUUGUAAUAUUAAUAUUCAUCAAAAUGAAGAACUCAUAAAAAAUGUAUGUGAAUUUAAUUCGAGGAAUAAACGAAAUAUCUCAGGCAAUCAAGGGGACGAAGGUGAAGGGGAAAGUGAAGGGGAAAGUAAAACAGAAACAAAAGCUGAAAGCGGAAGUAAAAGUGAAGGUGAAAGUACAGGUGAGGGUGAAGAAAGUAAAGGUGAAAGUGGAGGGGAAAGCGAAAAAGUUCUUGAAGUGAUGAGCAUUAAAGAUAAAGCCACCAAACCUGCUGCAAGAACUGAAAAGCCAAAUAGCGGGAAACCUGUAAAGAGUAUCAAACCACAAACUAAAAAACCCGCGGCAAAACCUGUAACAAAACCCGCGGCAAAACGUACGGCAAAACCAGUAACAAAGCCAGAACAAAAACUCGAGAAAAAAAUUGAGAAAAUUCAAGCUAAUAAUUUAGGUGGGUUUGUGAGCUCUUAUACACAAAAUAUUGAUAAAUAUAAAGCAGCCUUGUUUGGCGAUGACAAGCCGAAAGGUGUGAGAAAAAAAGAUGUUGAAAGCACCACAACUCAAAGCGCGAGAAUUUCGUUUUCGAAAGAAAUUCCCGUUAACUUAAAAAGAUCUCUGAAAUCUUACAAGCAAGAAAAAUCAAGGGACGAAUCUGCGAGGAGGCAAAAAAGUGAGCAUAGAAAAGAUUUUGGCGAAAUGACAAGCUUUGAAAAAUCACAACUCUUGAAAAAAUCUGUCGCUAAAUUGAGGAGGAAAUUAUCAAAUAGCCCUGACCACAGUAGAGGCAGUAGUAAGAGAACAAACAGGCGCUGGUUCCCUCCUAGGCACGAAUCUAGGCUAAAAAAGUUACCGAUUCACCAGGAUUUUAGCGGCAGCAGUAGAAGCAGAAGCAUCAGUAUCGAGAGAGAAAGGCUUUGGUCACAUGCUAAAAACGUUUGUAGAUUAAGGAAAUCGCCAAUUUGUUACGUGUCAAGUAGAAGUGGCAUUAGAAGAGGACGUAGAGAUUGGUCGCUAACAAGAGAUGUCCCUAAAUCAAGAAAAUCGUCAAUUUGUCGUAACUGUAGUAGAACUAGCAGCAAGACGAGACAUAGUCACUGGUCAUUAGCUAAAAAUGUUGUUAAAGCAAGAAAAUCACCGAUCUGUCGAGAUUGUAGUAGAAGUGACAGCAAUAGUAGGAUAGAUGAUAGAAGUUGGAGCAUCACUAAACAUGCCUGCAAAUCAAGAAAGUCGCCGAUUUGUCACGCGAGUAGUAAAAGUAGCAGCAACAAUAGAUUAGGAGGUAGGAGUUGGACAAUUGCUAGGAGUGUCGCGGAAGCAAGAAAGUCUCCAAUCUGUCGCAACUGCAGCAGUACAGGUAGGAACGGCGGUCGUGAUCAUUGGUCGUUUUCAAGGAAAAUGAAAUCAAGUGUCAGUUUGUUUGCGUCGAAUUCCGGCCUACUAUCUCGCCAAAAAAAACUUUACACGCCAACAGUUAACGAUCGGUACAAAACGUGUGGAUUGAAUUACUAUCGUGGUGUUAGUACUUGCUGUGACAAUCUAACAAAACAAACAAAAAUGACCAGCCCAUGUGCCUCGCUCUGUGGCAAUUCUUCCAUUUAUUGCAAAACUAACGAUUCCUGCCUGCUACCAAAUCUCCUUAAGAGGUACGACACGCCUCUUCCCAGUUCCAGUCCUGUGGAGAAUGUAAAUCUGCUGAAACAACUUUGUAAUACUGUAGCUUGCUUGAAAGACAACCAGAAAUCAAUUCCGAAUUUCAAAAGUUUGAGCUACAAGAACCACAACUCACCAUGCAUGCCUGAUCCAAUUUGUUGCACUUCUUAUUGCAUCCAAGCCGGUCAGAGACCGAACAAAUUUCCAUACCAUCACGCUGCCACAACCACUUGCUGCACACCGAAAACAACUUGCUUAAGUCCUCUUGCUCAAGCCUGCUUACAGCAAUGUCAACAUCAGCUGCAGCAACAGCAGUGCCUACCGCCGCAACAACAACAACCACACCAACAACAAUGCCAUCAACCGCAACAACAACAACAACAAUGCCAGCCCCAGCAACAACGUCAAACAUUAUGCGUUCAACACGCGGGUACUCAGUGCUCAAACUCACACUCCUGUUCAAUUUCUCGAGAUAAUUUCGCAAAACAAAAGCCUUGCAGUCAAAAUGCUCCACAACUAAAUAGUCAACAGUUAGCGUGGUUACAAUGUGUUCAACAACAACAACAACAAGAACAGCUUUUACAACAGCAACAGCAACAAUUGUUGCAGCAACAGUUGCAACCACAAACACCACUGCCUAUUCCAGCUGAAUACACCAACAGUAUACACCAGCAUAUUCAGAUGCAGUGCCUAGCAACGAUCACUCAACAGCAAAUAUUGCUGGAGAAGCAACAGCAGCAGCAGCAGGAGUUUCAAGAUUUGUUGAAGAAGCAACAACGUGAACUGCAACUGCAGCAAAAACAACAACAACUGCAGCAAGAACGCUUCUUGAAAGAACAGAAAUCAAAAGAAAGAUUGAAAACCGACAAAACCGAACGAAUAAUUUUAACCAGCGUACCUUCACAAAACACCAUUCACCCGAAAUGCGAAUUUUUUCAACAAAGUUCGAAGAAAUCAGAAAAAAAUUUGAUUUGUAAGAAGAUUGACUCUGAUACAUCGAAGCAGAAACUCGUCAAAAGCACCGAAACCAUCCAACCAACGAAAAAACCGUAA